AUUUCGCGUCACGUCUUUUGGUCUCUCUUCUGUUGAGUGCUGUCGUUUACAAGAAGUAAAUGUGUAGAUUAUGUUUUAAUUUUGACUGACUCGAUAAAUUGACUAAAUACAUAAGCUUAAUUAUCCAUUGGAUGUGCUCGACAUGGCGAUGCCUGAACGAAGAGAUCUGAUCAUGAAGACAACACCAUUAGAGGAUGAUUAUGAAGUGAGCUGGACUAAACGACUUGGUUGUGGUAUCAGUGGACCAGUCAGAGAAUGUACUAGUAAAAAUACCAGUAUUCGAUAUGCACUUAAAUGUUUGGCAGACACUCCCAAGUCAAAGUCUGAGGCAAGAUGUCAUUACAUGUGUUCAGGACACUCAAACAUUGUAACAGUAGUUGAUGUGUAUUACAAUACCAUUCUCCUACCAGGAGAAAUGAGACCUUCGCCAAGGAUUUUAAUGGUGCUUGAGCUUAUGGAAGGAGGUGAAUUGUUUGAACAAAUAAGAAACAGAAGAAAAUUUACAGAAAAAGAGGCUAUGAUGUUUACUUCAGAAAUAGCACAAGCAUUGUAUCACUGUCAUUCUAUCAAUGUUGCUCAUAGAGAUCUCAAACCAGAAAAUCUUUUGUUGACGCACAAGGGUGAGGAUACUGUGGUAAAGCUAGCAGACUUUGGUUUUGCUAAAGUAGAUCAAGGUGACCUAGUCACUCCUCAGUUUACUCCAUACUAUGUGUCUCCCCAGGUUUUGGAAGCACAAAGAAUUCAUAGAGCUCAAAAGUCAGGGCGUUUUCCCUUUCUUGCAAAACCAUACACGUAUGAUAAGAGUUGUGACAUGUGGUCUUUGGGUGUAGUGAUCUACAUCAUGUUGUGUGGAUACCCUCCUUUCUACUCAGAGGUCCCACGUAAGCAGCUAUCACAGGGAAUGAAACGCAGGAUUAUGGCUGGAGAAUUUAGUUUUCCCGAUCAAGAAUGGUCCAAAAUACUUCUGUGUGUUGAGCCAGCCCAACGGCUGUCAGUGACAGAUCUACUCAACCACCCAUGGCUGAAUCAAGACAAGGUGUCAGAUGUAGUUUUGGAGACCCCAUCUAGGAUUACAGCUAAUGAAGAAGCAUUUGAGGAAGCUAUGACAGCACAUAAUGUACGUCUGACAGAGAUGAGAAUUUCAGAUCAUGUGGUGAUGUUGAAGUCUGUYUCUAAAGCACGCAAUCCUAUCAUUGAACGACGAUCAGGCACAAACAAAARCAGAACUGAAGAGAAUCCUUCUCUCGCAGCAAUGCAUUUUAAAGUAGGCAAGGUCAGCRAUGAUGCCAUCAAAUCUUUGCGUGACGUAAUUGCAUUUUGUAUUAUGCCUCCAAAGAGAAAUGCAGAAGAGUAUUGUGCUGAAGAAGAACUUGCUAGUCUUGUGAAUACAGCACUAGAGUAUAAUCAGUUAUUAGAUGAAUUAAAAGAAGCCUUGGUUCAGGAAUCAUGGGAAGGUCUCGUGCCCAAAGACAACGUCGAAUCCAACUUCAAAAGGCCGCUUACACAGAUCAGGACGUACAGCGAUGGAAAAGACGUAUGACACUAAGGUGGUCCCUGAACAGUAGUCCCCUACCUGUGGACACUGCGAGACGGUACAGCGAAUGUCAACAACCGCGACUACCAGCCUUUAACUUCGACGCUGACGUUCAAGUUGCAGCUGCAUCUGCACAGAACCUUGGUGACMACGUGACUCCAGUCUGCGAUGAUCUUCCCUUUGCAUUCUACGCCCGCGCAAGAGCUGUUCACGCCCAUGCCUGACGCCCAGCUUUGCUCUAAUGCGAAAACCGCUAUUUUAACUGACGAUACUAUCG